AUGGCGAGUUUACCAAAGAGAAUCAUCAAGGAGACUGAGAGACUGGUAUCAGAUCCAGUGCCUGGGAUAAAGGCUGUUCCCCAUGAAGAUAAUUUGCGGUAUUUUGACGUUUUGAUGGAAGGGCCAUCGUCAUCGCCUUAUGAAAGCGGUGUAUUCAAACUGGAGCUUUUUUUGCCAGAAGACUACCCUAUGGUGGCCCCCAAGGUAAGAUUUCUCACCAAGAUCUACCACCCAAACAUCGAUAGACUGGGCCGAAUCUGCCUGGAUGUGCUUAAAUCGAACUGGUCACCCGCUCUUCAAAUCAGAACGAUAUUGCUUUCGAUACAGGCCUUAUUAGGGGCUCCCAACCCAGACGAUCCACUCGCCAACGAAGUGGCUGAGGACUGGAAAAAGGACGAGUCUAAUGCCAUCGAGACCGCUAGAGAAUGGACAGUUAGAUAUGCCGAUAAGAAAUGA